ACGGAAUGUCGUCGCCCAAGCCUGAUGAUAGUCAAUUUCUCUGAUCCUGUGGGCUAUUGCUGAUGUCAAAAGUGGCCAACCAACAGCGGCCGGAUCAAUGCCGGAAUACCGAAAUAGACGUCACAAAGGUCAAAAGCCGGAUACCACCCUUACCUACACGCCUCUCCCUCUCUACAGUACAGUAGAAACCCCUGCUUUUGCAACUAAUUCCGUCAGCCCGAGAUCCUUCAAAAGAGAGAGGGUCUUGCAAAAGCCAGGAUUUAUACUGGACUUUGGUGUAUACCCAUGUUUGACCGCGUACGGCUAUCACCUUGGAAACCCCUGGAUAUCACUACGCCAUGCAUACUAGUGUAUGUGGGUAACGGGACCAGUUUCGGACGCGAAACGGGAGAAGAACUUGCUGGUCAUGUGCCACAAGCAACGGCAUCGAUUGACGUUGAGGCGAAGGCGAAAAAGUUCCCGCUGGACGGCACCACUAGUCAAAACCAGUCUCAUGCCACUGGGACCGAGACUACUGCGUCGAUGUGUACACACCGGGCACGCCGAAUAUGUAUCCAGAAGGGAGCAUAUCUAGUCGAAACUCAAAGAGCCAAUCUCGGGCGGUUGCAUCUUAUGACGGUCUGAUACGUUGAUGAACGUAUGCCCCUAUCCUCGUUCUUGCCGUCCGGAGCAAAUCCGCACUUUCCUGUCUCCAGCAGAAAGAUGCGCCGCCUUGUCGAUCGGAAAAUUCACAGCCAUCAUCAUGCCAGGUACCACACCGGGUUC